AUGUAUUUCUCUUACACACCAUCACCACCCUCAACAAGCUAUAGCACCUCCUCCGCUAUGGAGAUCCCAUCCUCCUCGAGUUCCCGUCCACAAUCUCCAUCAUGUGCCUUUCCCUCUUGGCCACGUCGAUCAUCCAUGAACUCUACCAACUCCAUCGACGCUCAGACCCAAAACUACUCCUACACCUCCUCUGCCUUUUCCGACGAAGAACUCUCAUGUGGUCUUUAUCCUUCCGUCUUUGAAGAAGAAGAUUGUUCACCACUCGCCACACCAAACAUUCGUUCACCAUCUGGAUCCAUGUGCGAACCACAAUACGUCGUUGUCGACAACGCCGCACUUAUGAGAGAAUUAAUUGCACAACAUGCAGCUGAGAAAGCAAAGAAGAAGGAAAAGGCUGCAGCGGAAAAGAGCAAGAAGAGACAUGGAUCUAGUUCACGAAAAUCAAGACAUAGCUCUGGUGCAAACUCGAGUAAACACAUGACGCCCAUUGCCGAGGUUGGUGAAUGA